GCUCUUUCCUCCAGCGCGCUUUUACUCUAUGAUCAGUGCCGAUGACGUCAUCGAGCAAGCGACGGGAUCCCUAGGGCGCAUGCGCGGUGUCCCCACGUGUAACAGGGCACCGACAUGGGGAAGAGGAGGAAGCUGCAUCCGCAGCAGCGGAGAGAGGAGGAUGUCAGCUCCUUGACCAAGAAGCAGAAGAAGCAUCUUAAGGAUUUCGGGGAGCAGCAUCCUUUCUAUGACCAAGUUUCUGAUGUACAAGAGAGAACACAUCAGGUUGAGCUGCCUGAUAGUUCUGAGAAUGACUCGGAUACAGAGAGUGAAGCUGAGAGCGAAGCGGAGAAUACCAACGUGUAUCAACAGCUGCUGGCAACAUUAAAGCAUGUCUCUGAUGAUGAUGAGGAGGAUGAUGAUGAGGAGGAGGAGGAAGAAGAGGUUGAUAAUGAUGAUGAAGAUGAUGGGCCACAGGGGGAGGAUGAGGAUGAACAGUCUGUCUCUAAUGCAGAAGAUGAAGAUAGUGAAGAAGAGCAAGAGGCAGAAGGGGAUAAUGAUGCCGAGGGAGAACAUGGCGAUGAGGUUGAGGAACAAGAUGCCGAAGAGCCAAAAGAAGCCGAAGAUCCAGCUCAGCAAUUCACAGACAGUAAAAAUGAAUCUAAGUUUAGUUUAGAAACUAAUUUCUUGGAAGAAGAUGCUGAAGACCAGAAGAAUGAGACUGCAGAGCCCUCCGUUAUAAAUUCUGAAGAUCCAUUUAAAAGGCAUGUUGAUCGAGAACUAGAAGAAGAUGAUGUUAACCAAAUGACAAGCAACCCUAAAACCACUACAUCUCUGAAGUGGCUGGCGCUGGGUCAGUUGGUAUUUUCCUCGGCCUUUAAAAAGGUCCAUCCAUUAAAAUCGGAGAAAGAAACUGAUCUGUCACUGUUGUAUCUCCGUAAACCACUGGAUUCCACAUGGACCAAAGCAAACAAAUCUUUUCUCUCUGGCAAGAGCGACCACAGCUUCACCCCUCUACAGAGAGAACUUUUCACCAUAAUGAACUCUUACAAGGACUUGUAUUAUCCAUCCAGGAUGGCGACGGUCCAGGGGGAAGAGGUUAGAAUCGUCUAUUGUCUUCAUGCUCUCAAUCACGUGCUGAAGGCCAACGCACAAGUGCUCCACAACAACUCUAUACGAAAGAAUCACAAGACGGGACUGGAUGAGGACGAUCUCCGAGACCAAGGUCUUACCAGACCCAAGGUCCUCAUAGUUGUGCCGUUCCGUGAAUCCGCAUUGCGAGUGGUGCAGCUUUUGAUCAGUCUCCUGGAGGUCCCAGGAAGAAAAGUGGAUGUGAGCAACAAGAAGAGAUUCAAGAAUGAGUUUGGCUCCGACCCAGAGGAGAAACCUCCCAAUCUGAAAAGGCCGGAGGAUUAUGAAGCCAUAUUUGCUGGGAACAUUGAUGACCAUUUUAGGAUAGGAGUGUCCAUUCUGCAGAAGAGCAUUAGACUCUAUUCCCCUUUCUACUCUUCUGACAUUGUCAUCGCGUCUCCUCUUGGUCUGCGUACAAUCAUUGGUAGUGAAGGCGAGAAGAAGAGGGACUUUGAUUUCCUGUCUUCUAUAGAGGUCCUCAUAAUCGACCAGGCUGAUAUCUACCUAAUGCAAAACUGGGAGCACAUGCUGCACAUGAUGUCUCAUCUCAACCUGCAGCCGACAGACUCCCACAAUGUUGAUUUCUCCCGCGUUCGCAUGUGGAACCUCAGUAACUGGGCCAAGUACUAUCGACAGACGAUACUGUUUAGUUCCUUGCAGGAUCCCCAGAUAAACUCCAUAUUUAACAAGCACUGCUUCAAUUACAGCGGACAGGUGGCUGUAAGAAACAUGCCGAUAACAGGCUCCAUUUGUCAAGUCAUGGUGCAACUUCCUCACGUCUUUCAGCGUCUGGAGGCAGACAGUGUGCUUUCUGUAAUUGAUGCACGCUUUAAUUUUUUUACGGACAAGAUCCUGCCGCAGUAUCGAGACGCCAUCAUGUCGCACACCCUCAUCUAUAUCCCUUCCUACUUUGAUUACGUGCGGCUGCGAAAUUACUUCACCAAGGAGGAGCUCAACUUCACCCAAAUCUGUGAAUACGCCGACAAAGCGGGAAUCUCCAGAGCGCGCCAGUUCUUUCUGAAAGGAGAGAGACAGUUCCUUCUGGUCACAGAGAGAUUUCACUUCUACAAGAGGUACACGCUGAGGGGCAUCCGAAACCUCAUCUUCUAUGAGCUCCCUACGUAUCCCCAUUUCUACAGCGAGGUGUGUAACAUGAUGAAGGCCUGGAACAAGGGGGAGGAGGCUACAUGGACCUGCACGGUGCUGUACUCAAAGUAUGACGCCCAGAGGCUGGCCGCGGUGGUGGGCGCCGAGAGGACGGCUCAGAUGCUGCAGUCUAAGAAGAGCGUGCACCUGUUUGUCACUGGGGAAAACAGCUAAUCCCCUCUGCUGCCUACAAAAAUGGAUUAAACCCCCCCCAAAAUAAUGGCCUAUUGUACAGAAUUGUUCUAUUUGGAUCCUGAUAUUACUAUUGCUGGACACAUUUCUACUUGUGGUGUUUUCUUUGUUUUCCCCAUUAUGGA